AUGGCCCUUGACAGUAAACACCUUAGUGAUCUUCGCGACGAAGCUUUGCACUGUGCCAACGUCUUCGCAGAGUUGGGCAGUCUCGCCUGGUCCCGGCAUGACGAGGACGCGUUUGUCGCGGUGUCGGCGCUGGCCUCUACCAUCAAUCGGCUCAGCCAUCUCUUGAGCGGGGCAAGGCAGACCAUGAACGCGCUACAAUCUCUGAUCUUCCACUUGCCGGAUGAUGUGCUCCUGCUCAUCUUCCGUGAGCUCGCUUGGAGAGACCCCCCUGAAAACGCGAGUCGCGAAGUCGCACGUGCUGGAGGCUGGAUGGUGGUGUUGUGGGUAUGUGUGAGAUGGAGGCGCCUAGUAGAAGGAGACCAUGCUAUCUGGGCCAGUACAUUCUCCCAAGUCCCAAGCCAGCGCCUCCUCUUCCUUCGCCGGGCUGCAGGGUCUAUGACGACCUUCGAAAUCUCACCUUGCGUACCCAAAUUUCAGGGUUCCAUCAAACACAGCGCUUCGAUUCUAUAUGGGAUGCUGCUUCAAUCCGACUUCCGCACGUGCGGUACCAUCAUUCUUGAGGACCGCGGCGACGUGAUCUCUUAUCUCCGACACAUCAUCCACUUGGCUCGCGACGGGGACUUGCCCGUGCUGCAGGAGCUGCGCGUGGGGGUAGCCAAUUCCACGGAUCAUCGCCUCGUCCGGUUUUGCAGAGAGUCCACAGGCUUUCAGGCUGUGACGAUAUCCAUCCCUAAGCUCAAGACGCUGUCGUUAACCAAUAUAUUUUUGCCCGUGGAGGCAGAAGCUCUGGAGAGUUUGCACCUACGGCGCGUUCAUUGUUCCGCCGUCAGCGCCGUUCCGAGAUUGCAGACCGUGAUCCGCACACUCAUACGCCCCCACUGUCAUACGCUACGUGAUAUAGAAGUUUCACGGGCAUUCAAGUUGGACGGUACAACACGGACGCUGGACCCCGUAGCACUUCCCGCCCUCCGCUCACUAUGCAUCAACGGCGACCUUACCUCUGUGCUCGCACUAUUACAGGCCAUCCACUUCAAGAAUGGUGUGACGAUGCGCCUCAUAGUGGACCUUGAAUACACCCAUGUCAACCCCACUGUCUUAGAGAAUGCAUGGCAGAUGCUUUCGAGUUUAUGUGACAAAAAAUCCAACACUCUGCAUAUACGCUACCGUGAUUUCCAGCGCACGAAGGACCAAGCCAACGUCCUUCUCUUGUCGGACAUGGUCGACUUCGACAUGCACGCUGAAGCAGUCACAAGCAGCACCCCAAGGGCGCGACCUACAACGCCGACUUUUAGUCUACGCGUCCGGUGGAAUGGCGCGUUUGACUGGUGGAUCUUACUUCGAACCGUGGGACGGGCUUUGGCCAGCAAGCUCUUAGUCCAAACGGUCGUUCUUGACGUUCCAAGGUAUUACUGGCUUCCUCAUCCCGAUCUCCCGUGGAUUACCGUGGUGAAGGAGGUGGCCGAUGCAUUCCCAGAUAUCACAGCCAUCAGUCCGCGAGAAGAUCUCAUGGCGGUCGUGGAGAGACGCUUAUCGAAGAAGCAUUGGCUAUACAAAGGGCUUGAGAUGAUGCUGUCAAUCACCUAUCGUACCUAG